AUGAACUCCAUCAUCGAUGUAAAAGAUGGCGAGGAGGAGGAUAGAUUUCUGAUUAGGCCCAGUAACAAGGAAAAGAUACAGAAAAUAGUAUUCCUUUUCUACAUAACUAUUAUGGCGUAUAUAUUAAUCCAAUUCCUUGAAGUCUUCCCUCUCCAGACCUCAACUAAAAAGAUGGUGUUUCGAAUAAUAUCUAAUGUAUCUAUGGCACUUCCGUGCAUUAAAAUGGCCUAUACAAUUCUGAUGUAUAAGGUUUGGGACUCCUCCUCCGAAGAUUUUAGAAAAUUAGAAAUUCUACAAUGUGCAAAGGCAUUAGUAGAUCUAGUUUUAAUGAUGUUUGUAAUCCAAGAAUGGAGAUCUAAGAAAUUUCAAAUGACUUCAGAAAAGACAGGAUCAGCAAUCCUUAUAUCUUACGUCCUGUUCUUGUCUCAAAUACUUUCCGAGGACUUUGAAUCGGGUUCAAUUACAGCUAUUCUAAGCGGAGGGAUAUUGACAAAGACUGUUACCAUUAUAGAAGAAAAACAGUUUCAAAAAUUUCAAUCACUUUUGAAAAUUGCUAUUGACUUUAUUAGCCGUGGGAUUCCCGAUGUAAGUGCAAAGAAAGAUAUACUUAAGGCCCUGGAAGUGGUAUUUCCAGUCUUCUUCAUAUCAUUCUUUGUUAUGAUAAUCAUAGGAAUCUUUAUGAAGUUUGAGAAAAAGCUCUUGAAGAACUUUAAACUCCCAAGGAAGAUUCUUACUGUAGCUUGUGGAUUGAUCCUUUUUUUGUUGAGCUUUUUCGUGUUCGAGAAGGGUAUAGAUAUGGCAAAAGAAUUAGGCCAGAAACCUUUUUUAUCUUCUAGGUUUUUGUCCUUUCGUUUUAGAUAA